AUGGUCUUCAACUUCAGAGUUCAGCAACUAAUUUCCGGGGAACAUGUCGUGCGGAUUUUCCGUUAUGUCGACGAUUACUUAGUCAUACUCCACGUGUCCACAAGUGAUAACCUCAAUGAUGCCGUAGAUCGCAUUUUGAAUAUAUUUCAAUCAGCUUCGGGAGGGCUCACCUUCACCCACGAGCUAGCCAGGGAUAAUGUCCUUCAAUUUCUGGACCUCAGCCUCCAUUUUGACGCUAAACACAUCUGUUGGUAUUACAACCCGAGGACAAAGAAGGCCCCACUGCCGUUUGAAAGUGCUCAUUCGAAACUAGUUAAAAGGGCCAACGUAACCCUAGCUUGUAAAUCCGCACUGGAAAAAUCCUGCGAGCACAAAUUAGAACUCAGUUUCAAUCAGCAAGUUAGGCGCUUCCUUUCGGCUGGUUACCCUCAGAGUUUAAUCACAGGUGCCUGUGAAAGUCUCUUGCAAAAACUGAAAGGUAGAAAGCAACAGAAAGAGGAUAUUAAGAAAGAUAAACUGCAAGUCAUGCCCUACAUUCAUCGAGUUUCGCACAACAUCAAAAAGGUGGCAAGCCGCUACGGGGUCAAGGUCGUAUUUUCGGCUCCAUGCAAACUUAGUAGAGUGUGCCCAAUGGUGACAGGUAAGAAAAAGAUUAGACCCCAGUGCUCAACCAUGCACGAAACGAACUACACCGAGUGUGUUUGUGGGGUAGUGUACUCAAUUCCCUUGACUUGUGACAGCAUUUAUAUUGGUCAAACGGGCAGGUGUUUUAAUGAAAGGGCACGGGAACACCAGUGGCAUGUAAAGAACAAUGCAGGAGGCACUUUGGCCCAACACUGUAAUAGAUGCAGAGGAAACGAUGAGGGCGGAAGAAAUAAUCCUUGCAAACCGAUUCUCAAAAACACAACGUUCUUGUUCAAAUCGAGGGACCAGACCGAAAGGGAGAUUGUUGAAGCUUUUUAUAUAAUAAAAACAGGCGACAAGUGUAUCAGCACGCCGUCUCUCUCGUUAUUGCCAGAAGAAGUUAAUUUUCUGGAAUGUGCCUUGUAAAAAUCCUUCUUGGCGUUCAAAUUUUGCGUUU